AUGGGAAAAGCACCAUGUUGUGAUAAAAAUGGAGUGAGGAGGGGAGCUUGGACUCCUGAAGAAGAUAAAGCUUUGGUUGACUACAUUAACAAGCAUGGCCAGGGAAGUUGGCGUACACUUCCCAUGCAAGCAGGUCUCCUUCGAUGUGGGAAAAGUUGCCGGCUUCGGUGGAUAAAUUAUCUUCGCCCUGACAUAAAGCGUGGACCAUUUACUAGUGACGAAGAAAGUAAAAUUAUUCAGCUUCAUGCCAUGCUUGGCAACAGGUGGGCUGCUAUAGCAACUCAACUCCCAGGAAGAACAGACAAUGAAAUCAAGAACUACUGGAACACCCAGCUGAAGAAGCGCCUUCCUCGGUCGGGAUAUUCCCCAGGGACACAACAAACACAACAACAACAACAUCACUCUUUCAGCCCUGAUCACAGCGUUGUGAAAUCCGAGUCUCCUUCGACACGCCACAUGGUGCAAUGGGAAAAGACCAGAGUUGAGGCAGAGGUAAGAUUAUCAAUGGAAUCAGCAAUGGUUAAUUCUCUGUCAGCAACUGAAACAUCAGUAUACACAGAUUACUUUCUUCAACUUUGGCAUUCUGAGGUUGGAAACUCCUUCCGCAUGAUCAAAGGAAAAGAAGGAGUUGUAGUGUGUCCGAGCUCUGUCUCACAGGCAUCAUCAUCCUCAAAAUUGGAGUCAUGUUCAGAAGCAUCAUUGCCGGUUAAAAACACUGCCUUGGCAAACAAGUCACAAGAACAAGGUAGUAGCUAUAAGCUAAAUCUUGAAGAUGGCACUGCAGAUUCAGAGUCUGGCUACUAUGAAUUUCAUGAUGCUACUACUGAUUCUGAAGAAUUAAAGCACCUGCUAGAUAUGCCUGAUGGUGAAGUAGGCUUCAUAGGGGAGAAUGACAAUUACCUCAAUACUCUUUAUGGUUAGAU